GCCCGGCCCCACCUGGGGCUGGUUAAACAGGUUUGAAGGCUACACACUGGGAGCGAUCGAGGAAGCGUUUUCGCAGGCUCCCGGCACGGCCGCCACGGCCUCCCCAGCCCCAUGGCCCCCCAGCUCUCUCCAAGGUGAAGCAGAAGGGACAGGAACCCGGUCCCCUCUCAACACCCCAAAACACAGGACUGUUUCUCACUGGUGCCCGCUGCGUGCCCAGCAGCUCUGAGCUCUCAUGGCUGCCGCUGACCCCAUCCUGCCCCCUGAGGAGGUGGCUUUGCUGGAGCUGGGGAAGGUGGCCCCAGACAAGGUGCCACCAGCCCCAGAUGAACCCCCAGCAGACCCUGAUGCCACCCUGCCAUGGGACCGGUGCCAGCACAGCGCCCCGAGCCAGCCAGAGCCCACAGAGACAAAGAGGCGCUCAAGCCCCGAAGGGGGCAGGGAAGACACAAAGGAGGCUGCUCUCCCCUGCCCCCCGGCUGAGGCUGAAGAUGACGAAGCCCCUGGGAUCCCCGUGACGGCAGCCCACGUCUUUGUGCCCAUCAACCCACAGUGCAUUGAGCAGAGACCCGACAAGCAGAAGAAGCAACCGGCCCCGUGGCCGCAGGAGGGCAAGGGGGGCCGCGUCCCCCACAGCGACAGCCCUGAUGGCCUCUGCCAGAAGCCAAUGUUCCUUCACACCGUCCCCUCACGCUACAGGGACCCGCUGGGCUUUGAGGGGCGAGUGGCCAAGCCGCUGGCCGAGGGGUCGCGGUGCCCGUGUGCCAGAGACUGCGGCACCGGCAACCUCAAGGCCGUGGCCUCCGUGGUGGGGGCCCUGCUCCUCUGCCCCUGCUUCAUCUACGGCGCCUACGUCUUCCUGCCUUUCGAUGCCCCGCUGCUGCCCACCAUCAGCGCCCGCCUGGUCUACACGCUGCGCUGCGCUGCCUUCGCCACCUUCCCCAUCGUUCUGGGGAUGAUCGUCAGCGGCAUCUCCCGCCUCUGCUUCUCGGCGCUGGAGCCCUUCGGGGAGCUGCAGCGGGAGGUGGAGCUCCACCGCACCUAUGUCUCCCAGUCCGUCCACCUCUUCAUCCUCUACUUCUUCAACAUGGCUGUGCUGGCCACCUACCUCCCACAGGAGGCCCUCAAGCUCAUCCCCCUGCUCACGGGGCUCUUUGCCAUCUCCCGGUUGAUUUACUGGCUGUCCUACGCCAUCGGCCGCUCCUUCCGCGCCUUCGGCUUCAGCAUGACCUUCCUGCCCCUCCUGGCCAUGCUGCUCUGGAACCUGUACAGCAUGUUCGUCCUGGAACCCGAAAACCUCCUCGCCGUGGCAGCGCCAAAGCCCGAGGAUGGCUCCAAGGCCAGAGGAGCCAAACUGCGGUACUGGGGGUGAGGGAGGCCCCGGGGAGACGGGGUGCCCGGGCUGGAGCCUUCCUCACUGCCCUGCCGUGGGAGCGCUGGAGGUGGAGGGGUCCUGGCAGAUCCCUGCCCUGACCCAGCAGGGUUUUGCUGGACCCCCGAGGUUUUGCUGAGCCCCCAAGGUUUUGCUGGACCCCCAAGGUUUUGCUGAGCCCCCGAGGUUUCGCUGGACCCCCAAGGUUUUGCUGGGCACCCAGGGUUGAUAGAAUGAAGCUGUAAACCCCUCUGCACUGGGAAUUUCCUGCAGGAGGGCAAGCAGGGCCCAGAACAAGACCCAUUGAGCCCUGUUCCAUGUUGGGAUGGGAAUUGCUGACCUCGUGCUGGAGCUGGCUUUGCCCAAUAAAGCCCUUCACCAAG